UUGGGAGAGAGCCAGUGGUGUUCUUCACUGGGGAUCAUCUUCUCCAUCUGAGCAGCACCCUUUGAACCAGAAGACAUGCGCACAAGACCAGCGAAGAAGCAAUAGCUGGAGGCAGAAGCGCAACUGGUGGUCCUGAAAUGCGAUUGGGAUUUGGACCAGAGGACGCGACUGUUUCUUUGUACAGAAGACAGGGUCGCGCAAUUGAACAGAGUGCGGAACGUGAUUGGGAGAGGUAUCUUCAACGGCAUUCUCUCUUCUGUUCGGUUUCAUUCUUGGGAGGCUGAAGCCUAAGUCCAGAACAGCAUUUUUGAAUUUACUUUGGUAAUUCUACUAAAUGUUUCCCCACUUUUUCAGUCAGGUUUCUCUUUCAGCCAUGUGGAGUAGCAUUCCGGAAAAGUGUGGAUUCUGAUGGAAGAUGUCAUUGUCCCUUAACCAUGUUACCCAGAGUUAAUGUCAUACAAUGUUGGUUAUUUAAUGUUGCAAGAAUCCGUGGCUUCAUCCAUGGGCAUCAGCAAGGAUUCAUUUGUCAGCAGAAGUUUAGUCUGGUAAAUGUAAAGUUGAAAUGGGUAAAUGACAGGGCAUUGGAUUCCGUUGUUACUAGUCAUAGAGGUCUCAAGGCAGCAGAGACUCUUGUUUCGCUUAUUUCUUCUUUUGGAUGUCUUCCCAUUUACCAUUUAAAUCGCUAUCGUGGACAGCUUGGUCUUCCCCAAGAUCUGAAGCUCUCCUCGUUUAUCCGGAGUUAUCCUAAUAUAUUUAUUGAAUCCUACAUUUUUGAUAGUGGAGGUUCUCGUGUCCCAUCUUUCAGCUUAAGUCCUGAAGCACUGAACGUCCAUCAAGAGAAAGUUAACAUCUUUCAGCAAAAUCAGCUGGAAUUCAGGGAUAGGCUUUGCAAAUUGCUUAUGCUCACGAAAGACAGGAUCCUUCCACUACAAACCAUUGACCAGUUAAAAUGGGAUUUGGGGUUACCAUAUGAUUAUGAGCAUUCUUUUGUUCCAAACCACCCUGAAAGGUUCUCCUUUGUUCGCCUCCCUGAUGAUCGCAUGGGCUUGAAGUUGUUAUAUUAUGAUGAUUUGCUUGCUGUCUCGGAGUUACAGAAGAAUGCUUCUAUCCAACAAAAGGAGGAUGACAUUAAAAAUGGAUCAUUUGCAUUUCCAAUUAGUUUUGCCAGGGGUUUUGGGCUGAAAAGGAAAUGCAUGGAGUGGUUGAAUGAGUGGCAGAAACUUCCCUAUACUUCUCCUUACCUUGAUGCCUCUCAUUUGGAUCCUCGUACAGAUGUAUCUGAGAAGAGGAUAGUUGGAGUUUUUCAUGAGCUCCUUCACCUUACGGUUCAUAAAAAAACUGAGCGCAAGAAUUUUAGUAACCUCCGAAAAUGCUUGGGAUUACCUCAGAAGUUCACUAAAGUAUUUGAGCGUCAUCCUGGUAUUUUUUAUAUUUCUAAGAAGGGCAACACUCAAACAGUUAUUCUUAAAGAGGCCUACAAUGGUCCAGAACUUGUGCAGAAACAUCCUCUUGUAAUGAUCAGAGAGGAACUCGCAAGCAUGUUAAAGAAGGGGUUGCUGGACAGGAGCAGGGGUUUAUACAAAAAAGAUGCAAUUACUUCUUAGUUGGUGAAGUGAUUUGUUUGGUUAAUUCUAUUAAUGAAUGAGACCUCAGCCUGCUAUAAAUAGC